AUGAUGUACUCGAACCUCAGCAAGGGAUAUCCGACUUUCACUCACUUCCCUGCCGAGGACCAGGAGAUGUGGUUUCGUCAGUUUGCGCAAGAGUUCACCUGGAAUUCCGAUCACACAAACUUUAUCCCUGACGCCUUCGUCCAUAAAGUUAUGGACAACUAUGGGAAGCAGAUCUACGAGUGGAAGCAGAAGUGGCUCAUCAACCAGGACGAGACGAAAGCUACCUCCGUGACCAACUCCGCCAACCGCAAGAGCGAUCGUGGCGGGAAGGGCAUGUACAAGCACAAUUUGGGUGUCCAGACUAUUGCCACUCUGGGGGAUCGCUUGAUGGCGCAUACCAACAAGCACACCGGAGAGAUUGAUGAUGGUGUUGUGAGGGAUGUGCUCAGCCUGAUCGAAACUCAGAAGGAAGACGAAGAGACCCUUCUAUCUCAGCUUCAAACCGACCUGGACGCCACUUCGACGGCUUCGACCAACUUGUCCCGGAUUCGAAUAUACGAAAUCGUUGAAUCGUUGAAGGACAAAGAUGACCGCAUAGCUGCGUUGGAGCAAAAGAUGGCGGAUCAAGAGGCGGGAUGGGAGGCAACGAGGAAGCAGAACGAGCAAAUGAUGGAGAUGAUGAAGAUGAUGUACCCGAACGAGCAGUUCCCGUAG